AUGGGCCAGCUGCUCAGCAGGAUCAGAAUAAAUAGAAAGGGAAGUCGGUCAGAUGAGUCAGCAGUCAUCACACCCACGCAGUCAAAGUCAACAGACCAGACAUACUUCGGUUGCUGCUGCAGCCCAAAGCGAAUGUUGAAAGUAUUCAAGUAUGCCGUCGAAGAAUGGGUUUUUCUUGCUUUACUUGGUCUAAUAAUGGCUAUAUUUUCACUUGGAAUGGACGUGGCGAUUAGUAAGCUGCAAGAGGGUCAUAUGAUGGUCUAUCGUCACUUUCGGAGCGAUCCCUUUUGGAUCGUGUCUUUCUUCGUUUGGACGAUGUACGUCGUCAUUCUCAUUUGUGCAUCAGCUCUUUGUGCACAUUAUAUAGCUCCUCAAGCCAUAGGUUCUGGUAUACCUGAAAUGAAGACUGUGUUGCGUGGUGUGAUUCUCAAAGAAUAUCUCAGCAUUCGAACUCUUGUAUCGAAAGUUAUCGGUCUCACGUUGUCGCUAGGGACUGGCCUACCAAUUGGCCGAGAAGGUCCGUUCGUGCAUAUUGCGUCGGUGGUGGCAAACCAACUGAAUCGCUUCCUCACCAGGACAAGUGGUGUCUUCCAAAACGAAUCGAGAGCCAACGAGUUGCUCGCCGCCGGUUGUGCUGUCGGUGUGGCAUGCACGUUCAGUGCUCCCGUUGGAGGUAAGUUUUCUUCGCUGUUCUGA